AUGUAGGAAUUAGAAGAGUUCUUAGAAAAAUAAAAGGAUUUAAAUAUCAAUAUGCUGACAGACAUACUGCAAACCUAAAGUCUCAUCCAACAUAAUUUGUCUAUUGGAUUGGACUCUCUAAAAAAAUGCAUCGAAAAUUUGCCUACUAAAAUUGUCCCCAAACAGGGAUUGUAAUCCAGAAUAACCAUACAUAGACAGAACCAACAUCAAUUUAUUUUGAGCCAAUUGAAUCAUAAGAAUUUUAUAUCAUACUUGAAUUUAGAAGAGGAGAUCAAGGAAAUCUAUAGAGACAGGAUGUUCAAUCUGUCCGUUAGUUUGAGAGACAUGAAUGGGGAUCUUAUACAGGAUGAAGACUGUCCUAUUUUCUUGAGAAUAUACACAUCGGAGAAAUUUCCAAAGGAAGUUGAUUCAAAUAUAAGAGGGAAACCAAUAUUUAAAGGAUAAACUAAAAUACUAUUUAGAGGAAAAGGUGAAUUUUAAAGAAUCUCCAUCACUGAAGUUUCCUCUCAUUUCCCUUCAGGAAAAUUUCUUUUAGUGAUAUUUUCGGAGAAAUCUUACAUCAAACCCUACAUAAUUGAUAAUUUAAUUGUUAAAGCGAAAAAAUUGCUCAAAUGA